AUGGAAAAAUCAAACCUAAACAAGACUUCACCCUCUCACACGGUAUUCAUCCUCCUUGGGUUUCCGGGGGUCACAAGAUACAGACCUCUUCUCGUUAUUCCAUUCUCCUCCAUAUAUGCAGCGAUCCUGGCUGGUAAUUCGGUGGUCAUGUCUAUAAUUGUACUGGAGAAAAGUCUACAUUCGCCCAUGUACAUCCUCAUCUUCUCUCUUCUUGCCGUUAAUAUUCCUUACACCACCGCAAUGAUACCCAAGGCGAUCCUGGCUCUUCUGGGGCUCAACCAGAUUACUCUGUCUGGAUGUCUGGUGCAAAUAUUUACAGUGUAUUCAAGUCUCUUGGCCGAAAGUGCCCUAUUGCUGGUGAUGGCUGUGGACAGGUACCUAGCCAUAAGCCAGCCUUUGCAGUAUUGGCAAAUUAUCAACAAACAUUUCCUUGCCCACUUUUUAUUCAAUGCGUUCCUUCGUGCAGGUGUAGUUGUGGUUCCUCUAUUUGCCCUACUCUCCAGCCUCCAGUAUUGCAGGUCCAACAUCAUCUAUCACUUCCACUGUGAGAACACCAUGCUCUUUGAGCUAGGAUGUGGCGAUAUUGCCAAAACAAAGAUCAUAGCACUAGUGGUGAGAACUGGACUAAGUUUGUGUGACAUCAGCAUUAUUUUAAUUUCUUACCUUAAAGUCCUUCACACCGUCAUGAAGAUCACAGUGGGAGCAGCCCGACACAAGGCCCUGAACACCUGCAGCACACAUCUGUUGGUUGUUGCACUGAUGUACGUCUCUGGAAUUAUAUCUGUAAUCCUGAACCUGCCAGACGCCUUCUCCUCAUACAACGUGCAGAAUAUUUGCAGCGCAGUCUACUAUCUGCUCCCAGCUGUCAUCAACCCAUUUAUCUAUGGUCUAUGGAUGUCAGAGAUUAAGGACAAGUUACUGAAACACUGGAGGAGAAGAAAUCUCUCUCUUAAACAGGUCACUGACAGAAACAAGUAA